AUGGCAUCCGCUAGCGGUUCAGUCCGCUCUUCGCCACGCCGACCACACUCUCCUGUCUCCAUGUUUGCUCUCGCUGACAAUGGUUCUCCAAAGCAACCUAAACCAUUAGCCAAAAUUGAGAAGAAAACAAAGUCCCCGUCGACACCCUCUCGGAAUUCAGAUGCAGCCUCAGUCCGAUCGGCCGCCCCAUCCCUCUCAACGACGGCGAGCCUUUCACCCACUAAAUCCAUCUCCUCUAUUCUCUGGCGCGGUCUUCGGUGUAUUCGACGGAAGAAACCACCAUCAUCUUUGCGGCCUCAAGAAGGUCCACAUCGUGAAGAUGGCUCCACUAGCAAAGCUUAUGCAACUUACGCCGACAAAGCUACACAGACGCCGGUGGAUGGUGUACGGGCAGAAUUUGAGCUUCAAGUCUCCAUUGCUCCACCUCCCCGAGGGCAAACCCCAGAACCGUGGCUAGCUCAUGCGCCACCAUCCAUGAACCCACGCCCCUCUAAACGGAGCCCAAGUAUGUCAUCGCUUGCGUCUAGAAAUCCCCGAGACGACAUCCGUCGCUCUAUAUCAGAAGUCCCUCCCCGACAUCUUCUACCACCGGACGCUCCGUUUAACCAAUACUCUGCACUCCACCCCAUCCCUCCCACCAAGGUCGUUCGACCCUCAUCACCGAAAUCACCAGUUGCUCCAUCACAAGCCACUAUUUCAUUCAGUCUCCCCACUACGCCGUCUUGUAAGAGAGAGGUUGAUAUCGAUUUCACUAUCCCCGAGGCUACUUUCAGUGUGAAGCCAAGGCGACCAGGAAAGAUGAAGCGGCCGAAGACUGCACCUCAGCAGCGUUCUUUGGAGGACAAGCAUUUGUUCUUCUCCCGUCGUCCAGAUACGCCGCUUAUCAAGAGUACGGUCUACUUUGAUGAAAUGGAUUUGAAGACGAUAAAGGAGAGAAGAGAUGAUUGGAUUGGGGAGUGGAACACACAUGACAUGCAGGAGGUCAUGAGGAAGUUGAGAGAUCUACGGUGA